AUGUAUUCUAAGCUUUCUUUAAGUACUUGGAAUAUAAAUGGUUUAAAAAAUUGUACGCUUGGUAAGAAACUAAGCAAUAGUGAUUUUAUAAAAAAUAUUGAAGAUCAUGAUUUAAUCUUUCUUGUUGAAACAUGGUCAAAUGAUACUAACAGCAUUCCUGGUUUCAAGGCAAUAUCCACAGUCACGGCAACACCCAAGUCAAACUUUGCUUGCCGUUUGUCUGGUGGAAUUUCACUUUUGUUCAAAAUAGGACUUGAAACUUUUAUUUCUGUUGAAAAACGUACAAAAACAUCUUUAUGGUGUCGAAUAGACAGCACAAUCCUAGACUCCACAAAAGAUCUAUUCAUCUGUGGAGUCUAUAUUCCACCGGAAAGGUCAUCUUAUUAUGAUGAAGAAAUCUUUGAUGACCUUGAAAAUGACAUAGUUUAUUUCUCAAAAAAAGGAAAUGUUAUGCUGCUGGGGGACUUUAAUGCCCGUACCAGCAAACUUGAAGAUUUUGUCUCAAGUGAAGGAAAUACCUUCAUAAAUGACAUUACUGAAACCGCUUUCCAACCAAAAAUAAGGGAAAGUUUUGAUAGUUAUAUUAAUAAACAUGGAAAAAAUCUGAUUGAGAUCUGCAAAAGUUGCAACCUAAGAAUUCUGAAUGGUAGGACCCUUGGUGACUCAUUUGGUAAACCCACUUCACACAGUAAAAAUGGCUCAAGUGUGGUUGACUACAUAAUAUGUGACCAAGAACUAACCCAAUCCAUUGAAAACUUUAUUGUUAAACCUCCAACUUAUCUAUCUGACCAUAGUCAACUAGUGACAUGGAUUAAAAGAGCUCCCACUCAUGUCCCUCUCAGUGAGACUACUCACACGCAACAACCUAAAACACAUAAGCUUCCACCCCAAUUCAUAUGGGACAACGACUCAAUGAUUAAGUAUACAGAAAAUCUCAAAUCAUUUCAAACUCAACAAAAACUUCAAUACUUGAUCAAUUCCAAUCCAUCUCCCUCAAAGGAAGGUGUUGACAGAUUUGCCUCAACAGUAGAAGAUUUAAUUAUGCAUGCUGCUAAAAAAUCCAUGAAAAUCAAAAAGAAGAAAUACAGAAACAAAAUUUCCAAUGUCUGUAACAAAAAAUGGUUCGAUAAAGAAUGUCGACUCCAAAGACAUUCAUUGAGAAAACUCGCAAACCAAAAACACCGUGAUCCCCUUAAUACCGAAAUAAGAGACAAAUACCAUACCACACUUAAGAUUUAUAAAAACACUCUAAAACGCAAGAAAGAACUUUUUCAUGAAAAGAAACUAGAAGAACUAGAAAGAGUUUCUGAAAAUGACCCAAAUUCCUUCUGGAAACUAUUAAAGAACAUGAGUGAUGACUUUGAGGACCCUUCCAUGAGUAAACCAGAUGUUUCGGCUAACAGCUGGCUCACUCAUUUCGAAUCCCUGCAUGAACAGAAUAAUAUUUUACAAAAAUUAACAAAACUUGAAGAAGAAAUCCCAAAUAAUUUUCUUGAUGAACCGAUUUCUGAAGUAGAAGUUUUAAGUGCUGCAAAGAAAUUAAAAAACAACAAAUCUGCUUAUUCUGACAGGAUAAAAAACGAAAUGCUAAAGUGUAGUGUCAAAAUAUUACUUAAAUUAUACCAAAAACUUUUUAACCUCAUUUUAGAAACAGGGCAUUUCCCAGAUCAAUGGUGUGAAGGUCUCAUUACACCAAUUUUUAAGUCAGGAGAUAAAACUGACCCCAAUAACUACAGGGGAAUUUGCGUGACUAGCUGUCUCAGCAAAUUCCUUUGUAUUAUUUUAAAUCAACGGUUAAGUAAAUUUAGCAUUGAUAGAAACAUAAUUCACCCAUCCCAAAUCGGAUUUCAAUCGGGCCACAGAACAGCUGAUCACAUUUUCACUCUUAAAACAAUAAUAGACAAACACAUAAAUGAGAACAAAAAGGAAAAACUCUAUGCAUGCUUUGUUGAUUUUAGAAAGGCUUUUGACUCUGUUUGGCAUGAAGGCCUUUUUUUAAAACUGCUUGAAAACAAAAUUGAUGGUAACUUCUACAACCUUGUUAAAAGUUUAUAUUCAAACUCUAAAUGCGCCGUAAAAGAAAGCAAAACUAAUCGAACUGAAUUUUUCUCAUACUCCACAGGAGUGCGUCAAGGCUGUGUUCUGAGCCCUCUUCUAUUUAAUAUCUACAUAAACGAAUUGGCAACAUUAUUUGACACUACAGAUGCUGAUCCGUUUAUACUACCAAAUGGAACUAAACUGAGUUGUCUUCUAUAUGCCGAUGACUUAAUUUUAUUAUCUCGAUCAAAAUUCGGCCUACAAAAAUCUCUAGACGAUCUCCAUAGUUGGAGUAAAAAAUGGCUCAUGGAGAUAAAUUUGAAGAAAACACAAAUAAUGAUUAUUGAAAAACGAAAAACAAGAAAGGCAAGCCCAAAGUUUAAUGUUGGAAAUCGGAACAUAGCAAUUGUACAGGAAUACUGUUACCUAGGAGUCAAACUAAAUCACAAUGGCAAUUUCACUUUAGCUCUAAAGCAACUAAGUGAGAAAGCCUUGCAUGCUUUAUAUCAACUUCAGCCGCCUCAAUCCCAAAUAUGCCAUUAA